GCGCAGGAGCAUGAUUAACACUCAGAGGAGGGGAGCACUGGAACUACUUCCUCAGAGAGGCACAGGAAGUAGGGGGAGGAGCCGAGCCCUGCACAGGCCACUUUCAUUUUGACCCAGCACUCAUUCACACCACACAACUGAGACGGGUAUCUUCCAUUGACUCCCACUAACAGUUGGUCAUGGACGUCAUAGAGCCCAUCUUAUCCAUCGCCUCAGAGAUCUACGGACUUGUUGAGAAAGUAAAGGCCAAUAAGAAGCGCUGCCGCCGUGUUUACGACCGGGUCAAUGCUCUGGUGGAGCUGGUGAGGUCCAUCAAACAGAUGGGACAGGGACAAAUCUCUGCUGACGUGGAGAGACCCCUCAAGGAACUCUCCGUCACUCUGAAAUUAGCACAGGACCUCAUCGAGACGUACACUAAGGCCACCUGGGUGAGGCGCGUUCUGGACUCUGGCAGCCACGAAGACGAGUUCAAGACUGUGAACAGACGCCUCAAUGAUGCCUUCCAGGUCCUGUCUGGGGCUCUGCAGGUGGAGCAGGGGAACAUGCUGCGCAAGGUCUUCGAACUGAGCUCCAAAGAGGAUGAGGUGGACGGGAAGGAGGAUGACGCCGAGCUGCAGAAAUUGCUCAAGGAGUUCCAGAAGGAGCAGCAGGAGAAAAUGGAGGCCAUGAUCAAAGAAUUCGAGUCCGUCAGAAACAAUGUGGAAAAGAUUGUGGCGAUCUUGAAUAAGCCCAGAGCCAUUGAUGAAGACAUCCGAAUGAUCAAACCACACGAGCUGGACUACGGAGAAUCCAAAAAACCCUUCAUGACAACAGAAACCUCAGAGGUCUACAAAGGACAGUUCAAGAAAUUCCCGGUGGCCAUUAAGAGAUACAUUGACCCUUUGAACACCAACCCAAGAAACACUGUCUCCACAUGCAGGGAGGUGCGAAAAAUUUUCGAAAAGGAGGUUGAAACCAUGAAGCGCUUUGAGUCGCACAACAUCCUGCGAAUGUUUGGCAUCUGUGUUCAGAACGAAAACGGACCCCACCCUGAGUUCCUCCUCAUCAUGGAGUACUGUGAGAAAGGAAGUCUGCGUCAAGUUCUGGACAAGUCUGGUAGCAGCCUGUCCUGGAUCACAAAAGUUCGCAUGUGUCGGGACGCAGCACGGGGACUCUAUGCACUGCACCAGGCUGAAGAAAAAUCUAAGGUUCAUGGAUGCAUCACCAGCAGCAAGUUCCUGGUAACCGAAGGCGACGAAGUCAAGCUGGGAGGUUUUGAACUGGCAAAAACUGAGACAUCACUGAGGAAGCCGAAGAAGACCAAAGAGAAGGACAGGACCCUGAGUUACACGUCUCCUGAAAUGCUCAAAGACAUCAACCUCGGCUACAGCAAAGAGAGCGAGAUUUACAGCUUUGGAAUCGUCCUGUGGGAAGUUGCAACCAGUAGGAGACCUUUUGAAGGUUUGGAAAACCAAGACAUCUAUCAGAAAGUAGGCAAAGAGAAAUAUCAGGAGCCGCUCCCCGAAUGUCCUAAGGGACUACAACUUGUGAUCAACUCCUGUCGGGACUAUGAUAGCUUCCAGAGACCAUCUGCUGGAGUGCUCGUGGAUCAACUACAAAGUGUGCUGGCAGAGUUGGAGAAGUGCUGAAACUCUUCAUCCCUCUUCCUCUCCGUCAGCAGCACUCAGGGUUUCUGGUCGCAGACAUCCUCAGGAGAAGAAAUACUAUUGUUAAAUCAUGACAGUAGCCUGAACAUGCUCAAAAUGUCUAUAUAAUCCAUUUACAAAGUUUACAAGGCACUGAAAGCAAUAUGUUUUUAUUUUAGUUUAGGGUGGUUCUGGGAUCAAGCUGUUUAAACCAGGGAAUGAAAACAAAUCAACCUUCUUAUGUGUCUGUGUAGAAUUUUGGGGUGUUUUUUGAGCAGCAGUGUAACUUUAAUGUUUUUUUGUUAAACGUACAAUAUGUAACAUUGUGCUGCUCGGGGUCUCUCACUCACAACAGUAACAAAAGCUUCACAAUAUACUACAUCAAUGUAACCUCCGAGAACUGUUGGUUUUACCAGCUGCUUACAGUAACCAUAACUAGUUCUCCUCCUGCUGAUUUCAACACAGAUUUGUUGGUUGUUGUUGUUGUUGUUGUUGUUGUGGUUUUCCAUGUUCCUUCUCUCCAUGUCCACUCUUCUCAGUAGUGCAGUGGUAGCUGAGUGGGUGCCAGAGAGCUUUUGUUAUUUUGACAUUAUAACGAUACAGCAUGUUUCUUGGUUCACUUGACGUCGGAUAAAUGGGGAUUUAUACUUGUGCGGCAGAGCCCAUGCACAACGCCCACGCCAUUGUGAGCAUUUAUACUUGUGCAGUGGCGUGUCUGUGUCACUCUGCAGUUACACCUCCAAAACACUAGUUGGUGGGGAAUUUCUUUGAAAUGCGGUGACGUUUAGUUGAUUCAAACACAC